AUGACGAUGGACGACGGGAACUCCGUCUACGUCGGCGGCCUCCCUUACGACGUCACUGAGGAGGAUCUCCGCCGCAUAUUCUCCAUUUACGGCUCCGUUCUCACUAUUAAGAUUGUGAAUGACAAGAGUGUAAGAGGAAAGUGCUAUGGCUUUGUUACAUUUUCAAAUCGUCGAUCGGCUGAUGAUGCAAUCGAAGACAUGGAUGGAAAAAGUGUUGGUGGGCGUGUGGUGCGUGUGAAUGAGGUGACAACAAGAGGUGGGAGAUCGAAUCCAACUCGGGAGCGGUUUCAACCACACGGUGGCGGCGGCGGCAGCUGGGAGAGAAGCCCUGAGCGGAGGAGGGAAUGCAGUUAUGAGAGGGAUCGGUAUGGUGAGAGGUCCAGAGAACGGGAUAGGUCUCAGGACAGGAGGAAAGAUCACUAUGUAGAGAAGGAAAGAGCGUUCGAGCGUUCGAAUGAUUUCGAGAGGAGAAAUGAUGGUGAUAUGGUGGAUAGAAAUGGUUUCAAGGAAAGAGUUUUCGAAGGCGAUGAAGGAGAAUGGCGCGGGGAUAGGUCUUACGGGGGUAAUGGUGGAAGAAUCAACGAGACCAGUGGUCACGAAGGAAGGAGCCAAGAGGGAAAGAGAGACGAGAGUAACAUGAUUGAUGGUGGGCGUGGAAGAGAUCACUUCUCUAAUUCAAGUGGAGAUCAACAUUUUCAGGUGAAAGAAGAAUUAGAAGCGCUGAUUAAGAUGCGUGAGGCGCUUCAAGAUGAGGUACUGGUGAUGGAAGACGGAUUGGAAGAAAAAGAAGCAGUGUGCUCGGAGCUACAGAAAAAGUCCAAGAGAUUAGAAGAUUCGUUGAUCAAUGAAAAGAAACUGACUUCACAACGCCGAAAAGAAUUGGCAAAGCUACAUACAUCGUUUUUAAGGGUUAGAGAGUGCACGGACAACCUAAAAGACUGUGAACAAGAACUCCAGGCGCUUGUUAAUUCAGCAGCCACAGAAGGCGUUGCAGUUGCUGAUGAAGGACUGGGAAACGGGUAUGCAUAG